UUUUUUUGGUCAAUUAUGAGAGGCAUUAUAAGAUGAUUACAAGAGAAGAGAAGGCAAAUGAUCAUGAGAGCAAGGCAUCUUCGUCUACAACAUCAUGGACAAGGUUAAAGGAUCCAAGAAUUGUUCGUGUUUCGCGAGCAUUUGGAGGAAAAGACAGGCACAGCAAAGUUUGUACUGUAAGAGGGCUAAGAGAUCGUCGUGUAAGGCUUUCAGUUCCUACUGCUAUUCAAUUAUAUGAUCUUCAAGACAGAUUAGGGCUUAAUCAACCAAGUAAAGUUGUUGAUUGGUUGCUUGAUGCAGCUAAACAUGAAAUCGACGGAUUGCCUCCCUUGCAAAUUCCUCCUGGAAGUUUGAACCCUAAUCUUUAUCCUAUGUUAGGAAUUGGAGGUAAUUCUCAUCAAAUUACUAAUAAAGAGGGUCUUAAUAAUAAGAGCAUCAAUUGGGACGUUCCAUUGGAACCACCUAAUAAUAAUAAUAAUAAUAAUAAUAAUGCUUUGGGCUACAAUUCCAAUUUUUUGAAAUGGGAUCCUUCAAAUUUAUCCUUAGCUCAUUCAGAAAAUUCAUUAUCUCAAGAUAUUCAUCACAACUUCAAUUUCAUGUCUAGUAUGCCAUUAGGUUCACAUCAUCAAGUUGUUGUUUAUCCACCAGGAUUGCCUCAAUUUUUCCAUCAACAUAAUAUUGUUGGAGCAUCGUCAUCAUCAGAGUUUGAUCCCAAAGAAAUAAACUUCCAAAUGUUGAGUAAAAAUUCCGGUUCAGAAAAUCCCAUGUCAAGUAGUACUAAUUCCUUUAGACAUUCUAUUGACUCCACAAGUCAAUCUAUAAGACCUUUCCAUUUUCUACCUUCUCAAAAUUGUGACGAGACGGAGCCCUCCAAUUAAGACCAUUUAGUUCCUCUCUGCUCUAUAUAACAACUUAAGUUUUUAGACAAAGUACGUAUUGGUUAUAACAUGACACCAGAGCAGACAUAUUAUUGGUUGAUCGGAUGUUUUAUUAAGCUAUUCAACUUUCAAGAUCAGAGCAGGUCAUCAACUGUAUGUGCCUCGGUGAGUACUGAAUAAUUCGAUACUAGCAUAAUAUAUAUAGUAGUAUAUAUAUAACAACAUUUGUAUGUUCUUUUGGUCAUAAUUAUUCCUAUAUAUGAGUUCUAUAGCUAUAAAACUCAUGAUUGGAUUGUUUGGGAUCAA